ACUAAACGCAGUGUUAGGGUUGCUUUUGAAGAAGAAGAAGAGGAACGUGACAAGGAAAAGAAACAAGCAAUGGAAGAUGCACAAAUCCAAACGGCGGAGGCUGAUUGUUAGCCCCAUCGACACCAAUGCUUUCCUUAGCUUAGAACUAUUAGGGGCUUGAGAAUCGCCGGACAGUUCGAGAGCUUGUGGAAAUCGUGCAAGCUGAAGGUCCCAAGAUUGUGUUUCUCUCUGAAACUUGGUCAGGUAGGAAGCACAUGGAGAAAGUGAAGAGGGAGUUGGAGUUUGAUGGUCUGUUCAUCGUUCCUAGAGAUGGAAGGGGCGGUGGGCUGGCGUUGUUGUGGAAAUCGGAGGUGGCGGUGUGGGUAGAUAAUUUCUUGAAAUUUCACAUUGAUGCGAUUGUAAACGGUGGAUCAAAGGAGGCAUGGCGGUUAACUAGGUUCUAUGGGGAGCCCGAUAGAGAUAGAAGGGAGGAGGGAUGGAAUAUGAUGAGGAUAUUGAGCUCGAGGUCGGACUUACCAUGGUGCUGUUUUGGGGACUUCAACAAGCUGCUGAAAGUUGAAGAUAAACGGGGAGGUACACCACGGUCACAGAGCCAAAUGCAGCAAUUCAGAGAUGCCCUUGAUCAUUGCGGGUUUGAGGACCUUGGCUUCUCGGGUCCUGCUUUCACAUGGAGAGGUAGGCGCCAAGGUGAAUGGCUGUGGGAACGAUUGGACCAAGGAGUCACAAACUACGAUUGGUUAGCGAAAUUUCCAACAGGAGAAAGGCAAAGGUGGAAGAGAAAGCCUUUUAGAUUUAAGGCAAUGUGGCUCACUGAUUCAGGGUGCCAUCACACAGUCUCAAGAGCCUGGGGGUCUAAUCUGAUUGGUACACCAAUGUAUAGGGCCACAAAGAAGCUGAAGAAAUGUAAGAAGUUGCUGAAAAAAUGGAGUAAGGCACAGUUUGGUAGUGUUCUAAGCCGAAUCAGGGAAACUAAAAUGGCUCUAUGGAGGGCAGAAGAGAAAGCAAUGCAGGGAGGUGAUUAUCAAGAAGUGGUUUGGCUGAAAGCUGAGCUAAACUUGCUGUUGGACAGAAAGGAGCAAAUGUGGCAUCAACGAGCACAUGUGAAGUGGGUACAAUGUGGUGACAAAAACACCAGGUAUUUUCAUGGUAUAGCAACCCAACGAAAAAGGAGAAAUUUUAUUAAGGGCUUAAAGGAUGACUAGGGGGUGUGGCAAAAGGAGGAAGAAGCUAUCUCGGCCUAGCUCAUUGAUUGCUAUGGAAGCCUUUUUACCUCAUCAGACCCACAUAAUCUGGAGUCAUUUUUGGAAGGGGUCCAAGCAGUGGUUACUGAAGACAUGAAUGCUAAGCUUGUUGAGAGGUACACAGCAAAGGAGGUGGCAAUAGCAAUCAAAGAGAUGGCUCCAUUGAAGGCCCCCGGACCUAAUGGUAUGCCACCAUUGUUCUUUUAGACCUAUUGGCCAGACAUAGGUAUGGACAUAACUAAAGUAGUACUUUCUUGUUUGAAUUUUGGUUCUUUGCUAAAGUCUAUAAAUCAUACAUUUAUUACCCUAA